GCUGCAGCAAGGAAAGUCUGCCACAAACGGAGUUGGAUCGCAUCGAUCCGUCCGAAUUUUUUUUUUUUGAAUCACGCCGCCCCGACAACGCAAUUUUGAGGACCGGGGACCGGCACAUUGACUAGAAAAGAAGAACGCAGCGACCCGACAUCACCUGACAGCGGGUGAGUCUUGAGGGCGCUGCCCGCACGCCGUCGCGAUGGCGCCUCGAGUCACGUUCGCGAGCUUGUCCCGGGCCCAAGCGCGAGCAGGUGCACGAUGCGGCCCGAAAAACCUGACAUUGGCGCGCGCCGACGCCUGUCAAGCUCGAGGCAUCGCCACGUCCUACCUGAGGAAGGUUGGCGAGGGCGAGCGACGUUGGGAAGAGCGGGCGCAAAGGAUACAAGACGGAGAACAGCGCCACGUGUGGGAUGUCCUCGACGAGCGAGGCUACAUCAAGGAUGUCGCGGGCAACACGGAUAAGAUCAAGGAGAUCAUGCGGGUCAAGCGGAUAGGCGCGUACGUCGGCGUCGACCCGACCGCAGACUCGAUGCACAUCGGUCACCUGCUGCCCUUUAUGCCGCUCUUCUGGAUGUGGUUCCACGGAUACCCUGCCGUCACGCUCCUCGGCGGCGCAACGGCGCGCAUUGGCGACCCCACCGACCGCUUGACGAGCCGAGAGCACAUGUCCAACUCGGACAUCUCCAAGAACGUCACCAAGCUUCACUUUCAGCUGUCGCGGCUGUGGCGCAAUGUUGUCUCGCUGCGGGACAAGUACGGCUACGAAGCGGACUGGGCCGCGAAGCGCCACCUUCUCAACAACAACAUGUGGCUCCAGGGACUGUCGGUAUACGACUUCACCAAGCGGCUGGCGCGGCACACUCGCAUUGGGCCGAUGCUGACCCGCGACACUGUAAAGAGGAAAAUGACCGAGGGCGACGGCAUGUCCCUCAGCGAGUUCAUGUACCCCCUCUUCCAGGGCUGGGACUUUUGGCACAUGUACAAUAAGCUGGGCAUCCAGAUGCAGAUCGGCGGGUCCGACCAGUUUGGAAACAUUGUCGCCGGCAUCGACGCCCUCAAGACGAUUCGCGAAACGGAGGAGGCGCCCUACGCCAAGAUGUCUACCGAGUGGCAGCACGAACCCAUGGGGUUCACCGUGCCCUUGCUGACCGAUGCCUCGGGUGUCAAGUUUGGCAAGACCGCCGGCAACGCCAUCUGGCUCGACGAGUUCAAGACGUCUGCUUUCGAGCUGUAUGGCUACUUCAUGCGGAGGUCCGACGAUGAAGUCGAGAAGCUGCUCAGGCUCUUCACUUUUAUGCCAAUGAGCAAGAUCCAGGAGACCAUGGAGCAGCACCGCGAGGACCCGGCGCAGCGCGUCGCCCAGCACACGCUCGCCUUUGAGGUCCUGUCCCUCGUCCACGGGUCGCAGAAGGCGCUGCAGGAGGCCCAGCAGCACAAGUUUCGCUUCGGCGGAGAGCUGCCGCACAUCAUCAACGAGCCGUCCCCAGACAGCGGCAUCGUGACGCCCAACAACGCGCCUCGGAGCGACAUCCAGCUGCCCCGCUCCAUCAUGAAGCUCUCGCCCGCGAAGCUGCUCUUCGCGACGGGCCUGGCGAGCAGCAGCGCAGACGGCCAGCGCCUGGUCGCGCAGCAAGGCGCCUACGUGGCCGGCCAGCCGGGUCAGGCGCGCGGCCUGGUCCCGGGGAACCUCGCGUGGACGCCCAUGAAGAUGUGGUUCCCCGAGGAGACGGGCAAGUUCCUCAUCGACGACCGCAUCCUGAUCCUGCGAAAGGGCAAGCACAACGUGCGCAUCGUGGAGCUGGUUUCGGAUGAGGAAUGGGAGGCGAGCGGCGAGAUUUAUCCCGGCCAGCCGUUCACUGGCGUGGUGCGCCGGAUGAAGGAGCAGCUCAGGAAAGAGGCCGCUGAAGAUGGCGUGGAGCUGUCGCCAGAGCAGAUGAAAAGGGCGCUGCGGGCGCAGCAGACGCUCAAGGUGGCCAACAAUCCAGACAUUGAGCUGCCGACUAAGCACGAGGUGCGGGAACGCGCGAGGGAGAGGAAAGACUCGUCGCGAUCUGAUCGAGGCAAUAGGUGACGCGAAAACACUCUACUGUACUAAUCUGUAUACUAGUCACGCUGUAUGAUACCAUAGAGCAUGUAAAGGCGGCCACCUACAUCAUAUAUUACUCUAUAUUAGGUCGCUCAGACCGAACCGCAUGACAUCUCAGUCAACAUCGACGCC